AUGGCGUUAAAAUACGGAACGGAUAUGGGGUUAAAAUGCGGAACGGAUAUGGGGUUAAAAUGCGGAACGGAUAUGGGGUUAAAAUGCGGAACGGAUUUGGGGAAAAAAUGCGGAACGGAUAUGGGGAUAAAAUGCGGAACGGAUAUGGGAAUAAAAUGCGGAACGGAUAUGGGAAUAAAAUGCGGAACGGAUAUGGGAAUAAAAUGCGGAACGGAUACGGGGUUAAAAUGUGGAACGGAUAUGGGAAUAAAAUGCGGAACAGAUAUGGGGAUAAAAUACGAAACGGAUAGGGGGAUAAAAUGCGUAAACGAAAUCCGGUUACGAGGACCAUCAAGUUUAAAUGGUACUGGCCGACUCGAAGUGUUCUACGGAGGACAAUGGGGAACAGUCUGUGAUGAUGGAUGGGAUAUAAAUGAUGCUCAAGUAGCAUGUCGUCAACUUGGUUUCCCUGGUGCUCGUCAAGCUCUUCAAGGAGGAGGUGUUCCUGCUGGGUUAGGACGGGUUUGGUUAGACGAAGUUGGUUGUACUGGUACAGAGUUAAACCUUUCAAAUUGUUCACAUGAUGGUUUGGGAACCAAUGACUGUGGACAUUCUGAGGAUGCUGGAGUAGUAUGUUCAUCCGAAGGUAGCUAA